GAUUCUCGCGUAUCCUCGCGAGAGAUUGCGUGCUCAUGCUUGCCGCGGGGGUCGGAGGUCAAAGUGAUCGUCUCCCGGGCCCUAGGAAGAAGAUGGCGGUGGAGUCGCGCGUUACCCAGGAGGAGAUUAAAAAGGAACCCGAGAAGCCGAUCGACCGGGAGAAGACGUGCCCGCUGCUGCUCCGGGUUUUCACCACCAACAACGGCCGCCACCACCGCAUGGACGAGUUCUCUCGCGGGAACGUGCCGUCGAGCGAGCUGCAGAUCUACACCUGGAUGGAUGCAACCUUGAAAGAGUUGACCAGUUUAGUAAAGGAAGUUUAUCCAGAAGCUAGAAAGAAGGGCACACACUUCAAUUUUGCCAUUGUUUUUACGGACCUUAAAAGACCCGGCUAUCGAGUUAAGGAGAUUGGCAGCACCAUGUCUGGGAGGAAGGGGACAGAUGAUUCUAUGACCCUGCAGUCGCAGAAGUUCCAGAUAGGAGAUUAUUUGGACAUAGCAAUCACCCCUCCAAAUAGGGCACCACCACCAUCUGGGCGCAUGAGACCCUAUUAAAUUUUAUUUGCUAUUUCUUGGAGUAUUUUUCAUUCAGUUAUGUAAAAUAAACUUUACUCUUCCUCCUUAUUGCCA